CGUCGCGAACACGCCGCGCUCUUAAGUCGCGCUCGUUCGAAUUACUCGCUCAAGAGUUCGCUAAAAAAAAAACAAAUCGAGAAACGAAAAAUUUCAUUAGCCGAUGAUCGCGCGCGCGCGCGCGCGCGUUUAUAAACGUCGGUCUUCGCCGAUCAGGAGGCGGUUUGAGUUUCGCGGCACACCGGAAGCGAGCUGGGUCCGAGGCUUGGUCGCUCGCUGUCCGUGGAUGUGAACCUUUGUUUUGUACAAAAGUUAUGGCUGCCAUGUCUAGUUUUCGAUUGAUGUUUUCCGUGGCGAGACCGAAUUCUCGUGUUUACCGCGGUAUUUAAUAACGUGAGAUCGUCUUGCGCGACGCAGCGGUGUCGUCCGUGAUGUGAGCGAGGUGAUCGCGCACGUAGUUUCGACUGCCUUAGUGUCAUUUUCGUCGAAAAAUGCCUGUGUUUACAUCCGAGUUACGAGCGAGCUUCUGUAUUCCUGUCACAUUACGUUCAUGGUCCACGGUCCUCAAAUAGCCAAAUCGAGAACUAGAUUUGGUGAGGAGGCCAAGGUCGGCGAGGAGGAGGGCGGCCAACCGUUCCUGGACCAGUCUCGCGACUCGCUUGCGAGUUUACAUUUGGCGUGCGCUCGCAAGGCCACCAAAACGUCGACCCCAUCGGUAAUCAAGUUAUCGGGGGGUGGAACAGGUGGCAGUGGGGAGCAAUUGUCCCCAGGGCCUGGCCCACCUCCCCCGUCAGCGUCAUCGUUGGCCGACGAUGGUGGCGAUCGCAGUAUCAGCAACGAGGAAGACGUCGCUGCAACGACGACAACGACGACAACGACGACCACGACGACGACGACGACGACAAACAAUGACGAAAACGUGCAAAUGGCCGUUUCGGCAGCAAUCGAAACAUCCAAAUCCGUGGAAUUGGAUAAGAAAGGAAGCGAGCAGGAAACCACCGCCAUGAGUUUUGUUUUACGCCUGGACGUGGAGACGGCGGGAGCGACGGUUGCGUCGGAGAACACAACGAAGAACGACGCCAAGAGCGAGGGACAAUCAUCAUCAAGUUUGCGCGAACGGGAGACGUGGCGGUCUCAGUGUCCCUCGACAGUUGUUACGGACACCGGUACGACCACAACGACGGGAAUUAUCGCAAGCGACAACGACACUGUAGCUACAAUCGCUAACAGUAAAUCGCAGUUGUUACAGUGUGCGGAAGACGCGAGCAGCAAUUCGCAACAGAUCACGGCCAUCACCACCGUGUCUGCUAUCUCGACGGUCAAAUCCGUGGUCACUUAUCCGGUCGCGAAAGGCGCCAGGGAACAGAGGAUCGCCGGCUCGCAGACCAACACCACGCCGGUACUGACAACGCGCGUCAUCUCGCAGAAACUACCGUCGUCGUCCAAUCUGAGUCUAGCACAACAACCCAUUCCCAUAACCACUCUCAACGUUUCCACCAACACGUCUAAUUCAACGUCCUCGCCGUUACCCUCGAGAAGCGGUGGCAUUUUGUAUCCUGUGCAGAGUACCGUGAGCAACACGGUACAGAGCAAUCAAUUGACGAAGAAUCCGAGCGCAACUCUGAUGGGAAGCGAGGUCGUCGUUCACGGGAAACAGCAGCAACAGGCAAUGGCGGCGACGGGCAAUGCGCAGACCGGCGCGAAUUUGCAUUCGAAAUUCGUGUCACAGGUUUCCGUUCAGCAGCACAUCGUAAAUACCGCCAUACCGUUUAAGAAGGCAAUGGCCGCGCUGGAGGCGACGAAUCUUCAGAAAAUCGUUAAAUCGACGUUUCCGAACAUCGUCGCGACCGGUCAGUCCGGACCCGGUGUUAACGUGACGCAGAAAGUCAAGACUGUAGCGAACGCCGCCAAUCAACAACCCGUCGGGGUUGUGCAACGCAACAAUUCCUUAGCUAGGAUACAGAGCGCGCAAAAAUCGCAGGUGUUGAGCGGCACGAUCAAUCAGGCGGGUAUUAACAAUCAGGCGAACAACGCGAAUCUGCAGAAGGUUCAGCAGAACAAUCCGACGUUGGUGCAGAAAACGAUGCAGGUCGUCAACGCGACGUUGAACACGCCGCAGAAGGUAACGUCUGUCUGCAACACUCAGAAAAUCCCGUCGCAGCUGCCGAGCGGCGGCGGUCACCUUCCCAAUCACAAGACGCAGCAGCAAUACGGGGGCGGCAACAAUCAGCAACAAACGGGUGUGCAGAAGUUGCAGGGUCCGUCAAAAACUCUGGCGAUGACCAGGCAGCAGCAGCAGCAGCAGCAGCAACUCGUCGCGCAACAGAUCAACAACACCUCGAAGUCCGGCGGCGCGCAGGUGGGUGGCGCGCAAAAGUCUCAGAUGCUCGGACAGCAGCUUCUGAUGGCGAGCCAGCAGCAGACGCAAACGUCUCAUCAGCGAUCUCAAACAACAACGACCGGAUUGCAAAAGUCUCAAACGCUGACGACGGUACAGAACACCGCCAAUCGGCUGCACACCGCGACGAGCAAGGUGUGCAAGAGCAACAGCGUUCCGAAUGUGUCCAAGAUGUCGCAGCAAAAUUCGAACGUGCUUGCGGUCGGAAAACAGCAGCAGUUGCAAAUGCAAUCAACGUCGUCGACGCAGUUGCAGCAGCAAAUUCUGCAGCAGCCGACGACGGUAGUGCAAAAGACGCAGCACCAUCAGCAACAACAACAACAACAACAGCCAGUAAACGCGAGCAAUCUUCAAGCUCAAAGAAGUCACAGUAUUACCAAUGUGCAUCCAAAAGUGAUCUCGAACAUAUCGAACAAUCAAAGGACUCAGACUGUGAUGAAUUCGAAGGUUCAGCAGCAGCAGCAACAACAGCAGCAGCAGCAAAUGGUGACGAGAGUAGGUAUGCCGAAAAAUCAGUCGCAAGCUUCGCAGUCUACGACCGGUCUGAAGAACGUCUCGCAGAAACUGGUGAACCCCGUCAAGACUACCGCGAAUUCCCAAAACAAUGUCGUUCAACAAUCCGUGCAAGUGCCAAGAAACAACAAUCCCCAAACUCUGAAGAUUAUUCAGCCCCAGCAGCAACAGAUAGGUCCGCAGAACGCUCCGCAGAAACAGCCCGGAUGCAUCAAGACCAUUCCGCCGCAGAAACCCGUGCAGAGAAAUCACGCGCAGAAGGUGGUGGGCGGAGUAGGAGGAGGUGGCAUCAAGACGUCGCUGAACACGAACAUGACUGCGUUAGCGAAGACCCAAGGUGGUGGUCCGCCGUCGACGCAGAUCGCGCAGAAGACGAGCAUCAAGACGUUACUGCCGCAACAAGCGACGGUAAUCGCGUCACCUAACGUGAUAGCGACGCACAAACCACCGCCGCCGGGUGGUUACAAGAUCCAACAGCAACAAGCGAUGCAACAGAAGACGAUGAUCAUGACGCCUACGUACACCCAGCAGAUGCGGCAACCGGCCGGACAGAUAAAGACGUUGCUGCCGGUUACGUCGACCGCGAUCGAGCCUCGCAAAGACGUCGCCGAGACUAAAAACGACACCGAGUUCCGAAUGUCGACGGACGAAGAGCAAAACGCUCCCAAAUCGCCAGCUAGAAGAAUGCCGCUUCCUUACGAGUGUCUGCAGUUCGUUCUACAAGACCACAAUUACGGAGCGCCGCCGCCGCGAACGCCAUCUCCUUCGCCGUCUCCGUCUCUGUCGCCGGCGCCGCACGCGAAGCAACAACCCGUCAACGGCGCGGGCAGUUCCACGGCCGUCUCGCAACACCCCUUCAUUUUCAGUUCAGGAGUUGCGCCCAACGCCAAUACGGAAGACGACGCCGCGAGCACCAUAAGCAGCGAUGCGGGACGAGAGGUGGAGCCGGAAGGCGAGGAGACCGAAACAGCACCGGAGGGCGAAGGAGACGACGAGGAUAGCGUCACCAGGUGUAUCUGUGACUUCGAACACGACGAUGGAUACAUGAUUUGUUGCGAUCGGUGUUUAGUGUGGCAGCACGUCGAUUGCAUGGGCAUAGAUCGUUCCAACAUUCCCGACGAGUAUCUCUGCGAGAUAUGCAAGCCGCGACGAGUGGACCGACAGCGAGCUCGGGCUCUGCAGAUGCGAAAACGCGAGGAGCUGCUCAACUCGGACACGUCGUCCGACACGUCGUCCACGAGUUCGGCGGACACGGACGUGGGCAACUCGGCGCCGAACAACGCCGCUGCCGCCGCGACCCAACAGAAGAAACGACCGCUCGCGCAACAACAACAACAACAACAACAACAACAGUCGCAGGUCCCGAGACGCAACAAGACGGACACGUCCAACAACGCGCAGUCCACGCAGGUGCGGAGGUUGAACAACAACAACAACAAUAACAACAACAACAUCGCGAAACGUCAGAGGAGAGACUCGAACGCGCGACAGUCGAGCUCGGUUCGCAAGAAGGAGAACGCUACGCAGAAGCGAGGACCCGGCAAACGCAAAGCCAAGAGAAGAAUGAGUCUCGAGGACAAGGAGGAAGAUAUGCAGGACGCUUGGGGCAGCAACAUGGCGCCUCUUAGACAGUGGAUCGAGAGAUACGAGGAAGCCGUCACGAAUCACUACAGUCCCGAGUUACGAGCUAGGAUAUCGAGCAUCAAGGUCAACGGCACUCACAACGAUCUCAGGCAGAGCAACAUGAACGUUGCCGCUACCGGCAAGUGCAGACUCAACGUUCACAGUACCAAUCUCAGAUUUCUAGUUGCGACGAUGUAUCUUCCACCGAACACACCGGUUGUGGAGUUGCGGGGGAAAUACAUGCUGAGCACGCAGCACCGGUCGCAGCAUCCUCAAGGCGGCAGGCAGCACACCCAACGACCGGGACCGUUCGUGUUCUUUUACCGUUUGCCCCGCGACGGAACCGAGGUGUGCGUGGACACGCGGACUUACGGGAAUGACGCGAGGUUCGUUCGGCGCAGUUGCAAACCGAACGCCGAGGUUAAGCAUUGCAUCGAAAAGGGCACGCUUCAUCUCUACAUCGUUACGACCUGCGCGAUCGAAAAGAACGCCGAGAUCACGAUCAAGCACGAUCAGCACGAUCUUUUGUUGUCGCCGAAUCCGAACUCGCCGGCUGCGCUGCCUGUCGCGUGCGCGUGCAACAAUUCGCGGGAGUGUCAAAUCGCGAACGCGGCAACGAGCCAGCUGAACAGAAGAGGCAGCAACACCGCCCCGACCGAUAACGUCGACGGCAGAGAACGAAGACGGCGAGGUAGAAGAAACACCGUCUCGGAGGAAGUUGAGCCCACGUCGUCGUCGUCGGUAGCUUCCACGAGCGUAACGCAAGUCAGUCCGGUUGUGACGUCGUCUGUUUCGUCGUCCGUGACCACCGCGCCGCCGAAAAGAACUGUCACGACCACGGCCGUGACUACCGUGACGACUCGUCAGGUUCCUAAGGAAGAUCCCGUGGUGACGAUAGCAGCGAGCGCGCAGCCUCAGACGUCCCCUAAUCUGACUCAGUCGGUAGCAACUUCCGAAACCAAGAAAGAUAAAAAGAUGACGCGAGAGGAGAGAAAGAUGGUGGCGAUCAUGAAGGCGUUCGAGAGACUGGAAAAGGCGGAACAAAGAAAACAAGAGGUGCAGGCGAGAAACGCGCAACGAAAGGAAUCGAGCGGACCGCACAGCGACAAUGAAGACACACACUCGACUAGCGGACAAUCCAAGAGCGGCAAACAGACGAACUCCUCCGAAAGACCGCUGCGGCGAAAGAGACGGAAAGGUCGGGCGAGAACGACGAGCUCGUCUCAGAGCAGUAGCCGAAGAACGAGAUUGAACUCGGCCGAGUCCGACGUGUCUUCCGGAGACGAGAGCAAUUCCAUGCAAUCGCCACCUUUGCUGAGCCAGAAUCGUCCGCCCAGUCGGGACAUUUCUUAUUCGUCGCAUCUUCACACGUCGACCAAGGACACAACAGCGGGCGACGAUGUUAACAACACCACCGGAUCGUCGUCGUCCGGUGGUCAUCAGGGAAUCCCAACCGCGGCCGGUUUGUUGUUGGCUCUAGCGAACUCGAACGCUCCCGGUCCUCCGAGUUCGCCUCCGUUGCAGCAACCCACUCCCGUCAAGAGUCCCACCUGCGACAGCGGAGCCAGCAGCAGCUCGCAGAGCUCGACACCGUCCACACCGGUGUCAUCCACCUGUCUGCUGGUGGCUGCCGCGGUCGAUCACUUCGCGCCAGGUUUCAAAUUUCCAAAAACGAAGAAGGUGCUGAUGAACGAAUGGCUAAAGGAGUCGCCCGAUCCACCCCAAACGAACAUACCUCCGAUAUCGCCUUUGCCAACGACCGCGCCGGCGUUAACGAACUCCAUGAAUCAUCCGCUGUGCGGCAGAUCGUCGGACUUCGCGUCACUUCAGACGAACGAUCCGUCAGCGGAAUUUCUGUCGCAGAGCUACGCCGCCAAAAGUCUAGCCACUCUCGUCCAAGCCGCAAACUCGGUCGGCGGGAUGUGCGACUCGCCGCCACAGCGCAGACAGCAACAGACGGUCGCAACCGCCGCCAAUAACAAUCACAACAACAACGGGGGCAUCGGCGGCUGUCCGGCUGUUGUGUCCACGGGGGGAUCGGCGAAAAAACGAUGGUUGCGACAGGCGAUAUCCGAGGAGUGUGACUCGCCCAACAGUCGUCCGGAGACUCCGCCGUCGCUCAGCGAGACCGUUGCGCCGCCCAAAAAACGUAGAAUAGCUCGGGAGAGUUUGUCGUCGGACAAUUACACUCCGCCAACGACACCCACCAUGUUGCUUCCGACUGAAACGUCGUCUAACAACAAGACACUUUGUUCCGCUGAGGAUGAUUACACGGAACACGGACAAUCGCCUGUCGUAGAACAGAUUGACGAGAGACGUUAUUCGACGGAAUCCGUGAAGGAAGAAGCUAAUGUAAAUACACCCGUAGAUUCUGACGAAACAGUUGUCCGAGAGAAACUUUCAGUCGACGUCUUUCCCCAAUCGAACUUUUACAUAAAGCAAGAAAAAAAACCGGAAUGUUCGGAUGUCCCAAAAACGGAGGAGGUGUCUCCUUUUCCGGGUGCGGAAAAUGUCGCGAUAAAAGAUGAGAAUAAAUUAUCUCCGAAAUGGGAGAAGUGCUGCGAGACCGAUUACGACGAGCCGUUGGACGAGAAACUGGCCGCGAAAAUUCGAGAGGUCGUCGAGAGAGUGUCGCACAACAACGAAUUGAACGCCAACGUCGUCAAAGAAUCUCCCGUGAAAAUGGAGGAACAGCAGCAGCAGCAGCAGCAGCAGCAGUUCGAGGCUAAGGGCACUGUCGAGAUAAUCGACAACGAGCCCGACAUUGAGAUCGAGGAAUUCAGUUCUCCGAUCGCCGACAUAGAACCGGACGCGAUUCUGAAGCAACGAGUGGCCGACAUGCAGCUUGAAUUCGGCGGUCACAUAGCCGAGAUUGCGAAGAGCGAGAUAAUCGAGAAAUCCGACGAGGAUAAGAAGAAGCUUCCGUCCGAAGCUUUCGUCAAGUGUCAAGUAGUUGCGGACGACAGCGCGUCCUUCGACGAGUUCGACGUCGAGGCCCAGAUGAAGAAGAUCACGGGCGACGACGGGAACGAUUACCGUGAGAAGAUAGACACGAGUUCGGAGAAGGACAAGAGCAUGGACGGUAUAGAGGGAUUGAUGGAGAGCUCGAAGGAGGAUUCCGAUUUCGAGGACAAAGACGUGGAUGACGAGAAUUACUGCGAAUCUUCCUUCAAGUUCAACAUCAGCAGCGAGGAAACGUCUUUCAAAGAAUUUGAUGCCAAGUCCGACUCGAACGAUCGUACCGUCGUCGUAAUCGCGGAGAAUAACGCGAGAAAAACCAUUGACGUUGUCUCGAAGGAUGUUGUUGACGAUCCUCGGGAAUCCUCUCCGAAGGAGGAAACGUCCAAGAAAAUCGAAACGUCAUCAUCGACCUUCGCCGCCGCGUCUUCGGAAGACUCGAUCUUCGAAUCGGUUUCCUCGGAUCCGAACACGGAGUCUGUCGAGGAUCCGCCCAAGAUAUUUCAAUCGAUACCGCCGUUGAGCGAGCGCAUUCGCAAGAAGAACGAAUCGUCGUCAACGUCGCAGAAAACGGCGGUCAAGAUGGAUUUCGAAGCGGCUAUAAUAGAGUCAACGAUAAAUAUGGAAACGAUAGACAGAUCUCAGAACGGGGAGGAAAAAUCGAUGCUGUCGACCGCGUUGCGCGAGCUAUUGGAAGCUAAACUGGACGACGACGACGACGACGACGACGACGUAAUGCCGACGGCGGUCGAAGUAAUGAAAACUGACAUUGAUAACGAGAUUAAUACGUCAUCGCAAGUAACUCAAACAAAAUCAUCAGACUCUCCCGAACGUAGUUUAGAUACGGUACAACAACAACAACAGGACGCGAUUCAGGAACUCCCGAAGCCAACCCCCGAAGAUACUCCCGUCAAAGAGGAGGAGACGAAACCGAAGGAGAUAAAACGAUUGAAAGAUCCGAGGACCGUCGUGCCGAAUAGCAUGCCCGCGCCUCCGCCUUUUAAACCAGAUCUUCCCCCCGUUAAGCGCAAGCUGUCCAUAUCCGAGUAUCGCAAACGGAAGCAACAGUCGUCCGGAGGAACCGGUACCGAAGCGGAAUCGUCCAACGACCCCUCGACCGCGGACAAGAGCGGGGCGCGAGGCAGAUCGGACAGUGCGAGCAGCGGUACAUCUUCUCUGAGUUCCGACGAGGAGGGCACCAAAGCGUCGCACUCGCUCGACGCACCGUCGACCCUCGCGACAUUAACACUCUUCUCUAACGCUUCUAACGAAACCGACGAGAAGAAAGGAGAGGAAGGUGCAAUCGGUUGGUCCGCGGCGCCAACUUUAGUGGAACGCCAACGAGAGAAUCUUACCGAGAGAUUGAAACGCGAGUUCGGACUGUUUCUCAGCGACGACGAAGAGGAGCGAGCUCGCAAACACGGUCUGACAGCUGAGGCGAUACUGAAGACGCACAAGUCUCCGCCUCAGUCGUUGGUCGCGAGCACGGGCCCGCCGGGCGCCGCGUAUCCGGGAUUGAUACAGUUACCGCCUCAGCCGUACAUACCACCGCCCGGAUCCGCGUCUAUACACUACCCGCAGUUCCAGAACAAACCCGGCGCGGUUCAGUAUCCGAACUUCGCCGUGUUGCCCCCGGCGACGGUCCAACAGCCGGUGCCGGCGAUAUACGGCGGCGCGCAACCACCUCAAGCGGGUGGUGCGGUCGCCAAACAGUCGCAGCCAUCGCAACCGUCGCAGCAGCAGCAGCAGCAGCAGCAACCUCAGCAGCAGCAGCAGCAGCAACCUCAACAGCAGCAGCAACCUCAGCAGCAGCAGCAGCAAUUCCUGGUGCCGCAGACGGUUCAGGCCCCACCGGGUUCUAAUCCAUAUCCGCCGCAAUUUGUGCCGCCGCCGCCGCCGCCACCGGGAACGGGACCGAUCGUGCCCAUGCCCAAGUUCUCGUCGGCGACGCCGCCGCCGCCGCCGCCGGGCACUCAGACGUAUCCUCCGGCGUCGUCCGGUCAAACUCCAAAGUCGUAUUUCAAUCACCCGGCGCCGAGGUCGUAA